AUGCGUCUCUUCUCCGCAGCCACGCUACUCUUCGCCGCAUGCCCCGUCGUGUGGGCUCAGAAUGCCACUCUUGUCCCAGGGCUUAUUGCCGCCCUUAACGCCGCGGGCCUCACCUCUCUCGCCAACAUCACUCAAGGGCUCAAUACGACCACCACUGGUGGCGCCAUCCUCACGCAGCUCCAAAGUGGCAGAUCGUUCUUGAUCUUUGCCCCCUCAAACGAAGCCCUGGCCGCGAUUCCCUCCAACGUGUCUUCGAACCCCGAAAUCUUGAACGACAUCAUUUCCUACCACAUCGUUCAGGGGAACUUCUCUGGCGUCGUCACAAACUACCCCAACGUCACUCUGGGCAGGACACUGCUCAACGACUCGCGCUUCGUCAGCUUGGAAGGAGAUCAAGCGCAGGCACUCGCGUGGGCCAACCGCUCGGAUGGUAAAUUCCACAUCCUAAACCAACGGCUCGACCCUACGAUCCAGAACACCACCGUCUUCGGUAAUAUCACAGUGAACGUCAUCAAUCACGUACUUGAAAUCCCCGGAACGUUCGGGGCCAUCGUUCCCCAGGAUAGCGAUGCGCUCUCGGGUUUCCAGGGCGUCAGCAAGAGUGUCUCCAUCGACUUCUUCAACGCGACCUCGAACUCGACUGCGAACAUCACGCUGGAAGUCGUCCUCAACAAUGGCCUCCACGGCUUCACGCUUUUCGCGGCGAACAACACUGGCCUCGCCGCCGCCCAGGGCGCGCUAACUGGCCUAGGCGUUAACACCCCUGCGCUCGAUGCGCUUCUUGAGAAUCACCUCAUCAACGGUUCGACGGUCUACUCCCCCAACCUCGUGGGCGGCGACCGCAUCUCCGCCGCCGGCCAGACUUUCUCAUUCAGCAUCAACUCCACCGGCCAGUACGUCACCUCCGGCGGCACCACCGCGCUCAUCGUCCAGCCCGACGUCCUCCUCUACAACGGCGUCAUCCACGUCAUCGACCGCGUUCUCUUCAACACCGACACCAACCCCAGCGCCGCGAGCUCAGCGGAGGUGUCUGCACUGUCAUCUGCGUCGGUCGCGGCGACGGCGGAGGCGACCCCGACGGGCCCGAUUGGCUUCAGCGCGACCGCGUCGCUCGCGUCGGCGACGUCGACGGGUACGAGCAGCGCUGCGGGGGCGCGCCAUGCGCCCCCGCGCACUCGCCACAUCCUCCAAAUCGCGGCCACCAUGGUCGGCGUCUUGGCGGGUAUCGUGGUCAUCGUGUGA